CGCGUCUGAAUCCAUCACAUCACAUAGUUUACACGCUUGAGUUCAGGAGAAGCGGAUUGUUAAAGCGUCCUGCGGGUGAUGUCCACCAUGCUGUACCCACGAGACGAGGCGCUGGAGCGUCUGACACAGGACGAGAUCGUCCUGAACACUAAAGCAGUGAUGCAGGGUUUGGAGACGCUGCGAGGGGAACACACUCAGCUCCUCAACUCUGUCCUGGACUGUGCUCAGCCGCCCGUCGCACUCGAGAGGUCAGGCCUGCUCCGCAAGAGUCUGGAGGACAUCGAGCUGGGGCUCGGAGAGGCGCAGGUGAUCAUCGCUCUGUCCGCUCACCUGAGCGCCGUGGAGUCGGAGAAGCAGAAGCUGCGUGCUCAGGUGCGUCGUCUCUGUCAGGAGAACCAGUGGCUGCGGGACGAGCUGGCCAGCACUCAACACAAGCUGCAGAAGAGCGAGCAGAGCGUGGCCCAGCUGGAGGAGGACAAGAAGCACCUGGAGUUCAUGAACCAGAUCCGGAAGCUGGACGAGGACGCCUCGCCCUCCGAGGAGAAGGAGAAGGACAAUGUGGACGACCUGUUUCCAAAUGACGACGAGCCAGGGCCAGCUCAGCCCAGCGGUGAAGCGGCGGCGCAGCAGGGAGGGUAUGAGAUCCCGGCCCGUCUGAGGACGCUUCAUAACCUGGUGAUCCAGUACGCCUCUCAGGGACGCUACGAGGUGGCCGUGCCGCUCUGCAAACAGGCUCUGGAGGACCUGGAGAAAACCUCCGGACACAACCACCCAGACGUGGCCACCAUGCUCAACAUUCUCGCCCUGGUCUACAGGGACCAGAACAAAUAUAAAGAGGCGGCUCACCUGCUGAACGAUGCUCUGGCCAUCAGAGAGAGGACUCUGGGGAAAGAUCACCCCGCUGUGGCCGCGACCCUCAACAACCUGGCCGUGCUGUACGGCAAGCGCGGGAAACACAAGGAGGCCGAGCCGCUCUGCAAGAGAGCGCUGGACAUCCGAGAGAAGGUUCUGGGUAAGUUCCACCCUGACGUGGCGAAGCAGCUCAAUAAUCUGGCUCUGCUGUGUCAGAAUCAGGGCAAGUAUGAGGAAGUGGAGUAUUAUUACCGCAGGGCGCUCGAGAUCUAUGAGAACAAACUGGGCGCCGACGACCCCAAUGUGGCCAAGACCAAAAACAACCUGGCCACCUGUUACCUGAAACAGGGCAAAUUCAAAGACGCAGAGACGCUUUACAAGGAGAUCCUGACCCGCGCGCAUGAGAAACAGUUCGGAUCUGUCAACAAUGAUAACAAACCAAUCUGGAUGCAUGCAGAAGAAAGAGAAGAAAGCAAGGGUAAGAGGAAGGACUCGGGUCCGUACGGUGAAUACGGCAGCUGGUACAAAGCCUGUAAAGUGGACAGCCCGACUGUUAACACCACGCUGAAGAGUCUGGGUGCUCUGUACCGCCGGCAGGGCAAACUGGAGGCCGCCGAGACGCUGGAGGAGUGUGCCACGAAAAACCGCAAACAGGGCAUCGAUGCCAUCAAUCAGAGUAAGGUGGUGGAGCUGCUGAAGGAUGGAGGUAGUGCUGGAGGAGACAGACGUCAGAGUCGAGACGGAGUAAACGGCCCCGGAGGGCCCCGAGGAGACUGUGAUGGAGACGAAGCCGAGUGGAGCGGGGAUGGUAACGGCGGGCUGCGCAGGAGCGGCUCGUUCGGGAAGAUUCGGGAAGCGCUGCGGCGCAGCAGUGAGAUGCUGGUGAAGAAGCUGCAGGGCAGCGGCCCUCAGGAGCCACGAAACCCCGGGAUGAAGAGGGCAAGCUCCUUAAAUUUCCUCAACAAGAGUGCAGAAGAAACCUCACAGGAAUCUACCAGCGGUCUGUCAGAAUCCAGAGGACUGAGCGCUAGUAAUGUGGACCUGACCAGAUGCAGCUCUCUGAUCAGUUAGAGACGACGUCUGGACGUGGAAAAGAAACCAAACGGGGAGAGGCUGUUUGCUAC